GUGCGUGCUGGUGGAGUGCCUUUGCGGCAGCGAGCUGAUAGAAGGCAGCUGCGAAGUUUCUUGCAUUUUGCACAUUUUGCAAACUUUCGGAACUCCCUCUGAAGAGGACUGGCCCGAGCUCCACAAACUCCCCUUCAUGAGUCGGCUGCUGCCCGUGUUCCCCGCAAGGCCUCUGGCCCUCGAACACUUCUUUGCAGAAAAGGGAAGACUUGAUGUGCUCAGCAGCCCCCAGUGGAUGGAGCUGCUCAACCAGUAA